AUGACUCAACCCAGGGGUCAGACAAAGAGUUCAGAUGCUACAAGCAGCACUGUGAUGGAGCUGCAGUCUGUUUCACUCGACCCUGAUGUCCCAUCUUCAUCAUUGUCUCCAAAAGUUGGCCACAGCAACUUCAGGAGAGUCAGCCGCACAGAGGACAGCAGUCCCUAUCCGAUCCCCGGCCUAGCAGCAGACAUACUGCACAUGCGAGUGAAAGAAGGAAGCAAGAUCCGCAAUUUGCUGCGGUUUGCAACAGCUCGCAUGCAAGGGGAGGGGACAGACAGCAAUGGGACAUCAAUGAGACAAGUGGUCUUCACUGGCUCAGGAAGAGGAGUCACCAAGACCGUCACCUGUGUGGAGAUUCUGAAACGGGAAGUGGGAGAACUCCACCAGGUGUCCAAGCUCUACUACAAGACAGUGAAUGAGGUCUGGGAGAGUCCACAACAGGGAGCAGCAGGUAUAACCAUGCAGAGGACAGUUCCUGCUAUCUGUAUCCUGCUCUCUAAAGACCCUCUGGAUCCCCAGGAGCCUGGAUAUCAAGCCCCCCCGACCCUGAGUGUUCCCAUGGAGGACGCAGAGAGACGAAGAGGUCUGAUCAGGCCAGCUCACAGUCUCUCCUCACAGCACACAGCUAAGAGAGUCUGUCUGGAUGACCUGAAUGACUGA